AUGUACCGGCCCAUUCCCCCGUGUUUCAAUACGCUCUCCGCAAGGGCCUUAACACCAGGACAGAAACGACGGGCAUUGGUCUUGAACAUGUACCUGUUGCCCAUUAUGGGUCAACCCGUCAAGACAUUUUACAAAUGGGCAUGGAUCGUGACGAGACGACAGGGAACAUUUCGAGAAGUGUCUGAGUAUUACCAAGCAGUCGAUGCAGACAAAUCACACUCCUUUCAAACCAAACAAUACUGUGAGACACUCGAUUUGCUCCGGGAGGUGGGCAUGCUACAUCUUCAUCAUCAACCAGGAGGCAACCACACCCAACAGCGACAAUCCACCAAAAAAGGUUGA